UUGCAAUUCUACAACAUAUUGUGGUUCCGUCAUAUUCUAAUAGUCUUUAAUAAGUGAUCUCUUUGUCAUUUAAUUUUUUUUUUGUUGGUUCUCAAAAGAAUCAAAAAUGUCAUUUCAACAACAAGAACAACAACAUCAAGUACAGUCACAAUCAUUGAGCGAAAUGUAUUUCGUUACUGUGACUAAAAUCGAGGAUUUCCUCGACGAUCUUACCACAAUGAUUACCAAUCAAUUGUCAAUGAAUGAUCCAUCAUUAACAGUGACUACACAUGAAAGCCUAUACAAUAUGUCCAUUGUUGCCGAAUGGUUUCAUUCGAUACCACAUGUUGACAUUAAAUUAAGGCCACUGCCAGCCAACAUAACAUUCGAUCCAAAUGAUAAUGAAUAUCUAGAAUCAUUGGGAAUAUUGGUAGCCAUACCUGGAUUCUGGCUCAUACUUACCUUAAUAUUUUUUCUGGUAUUCUUUCUUUGCCGUUGUUGUGAUGGACCAAGUUCAAAAGAUCAACAAAAACAAUUCCAUCAACAAGCAACAUUAGUGAGCAAAACACCGAAACCAAAACGAUUGACUGGAUGUAAAAUAUGUUUAGCAUUGUUAGCCGUUAUUGCCGGUUUUGCUAUUACCGUAAGCCUUUUAGGCUCCAUAAUCGUUCAUCGUGGUAUGGUUAGAUUGGGUAAUUCAACAGCCGAUAUAGCCAAUAUCAUCGAAACAGUUCAGAACGAUACUCGUACCGCCGCAUAUUAUCUCCACGAUGAAAUUGAUGUCAAUAUUGAAUCAUUAAAAGGUGCUGUAGAAAAAAUGCUAGUCAAAGACGUAGCAGUUAAAGCAAAUUUAGAAAAUCAAGUCUUCUUCCUUAAACGUAAUGUCAGUCGAUGUAUGCGCAGAGUAGAUGAUAUUUAUUCACGAAUCGAAAAAUUAAACAUCAGACCCGUACCAGAUAACGUACAAUUGAUCGAAAAGAUUCGAUGGCCAUCAACAUUUGCAUUUGCUUUCUAUCUGAUUAUUUUCUGUCUGAUUCUCCUUUGCGGAUUAGUCCGACAUUCCCGAUGUACGCUGAUCCUGUUCUCAGUAUUUGGUCUUUUGGCUUUAGUACUUGGUUGGGUUCUAUCAUCGCUCUAUCUUGGUUUAUUAGUCGCUGGCUCAGAUUUUUGUGCCGAACCUGAUGCAUUCUUGGACGAUCGUUUCAGUAAUGAAGCUGAAAUGGCUAUUCUUGAUUAUUAUAUCCGUUGCCGUUUACCUACUCAUCAACAACAGCAACCAAUCGGUUCAAAUCAUCCGUUUCGAGUACAAACUCGAGCUUCAUUAAUUGCAUUAGAUCAUAUGUCUGAAUUGAUUCGAGCAUUAGAAAUGCUAUGUAUUAGCUAUUGUAGUCCUGAUCAAAGUGUUGUACGACCACAAAUCAAUUCUAUUGUACAGCAUUUAAAUUCCACCGAAAGACUUCUCAAAUCCGUUCAAGCAUUACUCGAUUGUCGACGAAUACAUGAUGAUUUUGUUCAUUCAAUGUCAGCUACAUGUAAAGAUUUGAUAGAAGGAUUGUUUUUGCUAUUAAUAACAUCAUCAGCCAUUGGACUUUUAUUUACAUUGUUGGUUCUUUGUGCAUCACAUACAUGGAUUCAUAUUCGUUCCGUACAAUCAAAUAGUACGACAAGUUUAAUUAGUACUGGUCAAGCUGGAUCAUCAACUCUUAUGGGUCAAUUAGAUAAUGCAGAUGAAACUGAUCCGUUUCUUCCGCCAACACCUCGAAAUCUUCUUACCAGCCAACAUCCUCAUCAUACUAUUUUGUCCAAUAAUUCGACUAGUUCAUCAUUGACAAAUGCAUCACUCAGUGGUAAACGUUUCCGCGAUUCAUACAGCAGUGCCUAUGGAACCACUGGACGCGGAAGGUUAGUAUUCAGCCACACUCCACCUCAGACACCUCAUUUUACCACUUUGGGUGGUGGCGUUAUGAAUACCACAACUACAUUGAAUCCUGUUCAUCAGCAACAACAUAGUCAAUCGACCCUUACGCAUCAUGGAACGAUUGGACGUAUUUUACCGCGUUCUGAAGAACAAUUAGCAUUUCUAAGUCCCCCGCCUGCCUAUGAUCAAUUAAAUCAACAACAGCUUCAACAACAACAACAACUACAACUACAACAACAGCAGCAGCAACAAUUACAACAUCAACAACAACAGCAUCAACACCAACAACAACAACAGCAAUUACAUUAUCAUCAUCAACAUCAACUUUAUGGAACACAUCAUACCGGAACAUUACCACAUGCACAUCAUCAUCAUAGUCAUUUGCCAACCACAUCUACUACAACCCAACAACAUCAAGCCCCUAUGGUUGGACAUAAUCAAAGUGCAAUUGGCCACUAUAUGUAUUCAUCGUUUGGUCAUCCAUCAUGAAUGAACAAAAACCAAAAAUUAUGUCCAACAUAUGCCCGAUCUUUUUCCAUAAAUUCGUAAAUUUUUUUAUAUAGCCCAAACAAUUUAUUUAUCGAAACGCUCACACAUACCCAAAUCCACAAUUAAUCCAGAUGAAAGUAAAUGAUGAUGAUUGAAACACUGAUGAUGAUUG